AUGCGUAAACCAUCCGUGGCCCAGAUCGUGUAUAACGCCACCUUUCCUCGACCUCGCACAAACGAGCCAGGGUCGUUUGCCGCUCAUAUCACCCGAAACCUCGUUCCCGAAGUCCGGGUCGAAACAUCGCUUUUCUACGGCUCGCUAGACUGCAUCGAAGCACAAUACCCGGGGCUGGAUUAUUCGUAUGGACCGCAUCGCAUGCGACUGAGUCGUUUCCCAUGGCACCGCAGACUGUUCCGGACCUUUGACGAGCUUGGUUUGACAGCAGAAGAGAUCGGAGAUCUCUGUCGGUGGGAAGGCACCAAGUCUGCGCGUCAGCGGUACGAGGCAGAAGAAGGGGUCAGUGUGCGGGACACCACAGCUCAUUCCAUCCGACCGGCAUCCCCCCAACCCGCUCCCUCAAUCGAGAUCCAUUACGACGACUUCGACUUCUGCGGGACAGAAGAGGAAGAUGAGCUCAUCAUCGAGACCCAAAGCAAUGGCACUGUCCGCGCGACUUCUCGUGCUUCCAGCUACCGCUCCGCCGCCGAGGAGCAUGAAAUCGAAGAGGAAUUCAGCGAUGAGGAAAUGGAGAGCUGCGGAGUCGCCCUGAACACCCGGAUUCUUGCUGCGAUGGCCGCUCGUGACCAGGGCACGGAUGUACCGCUAGACGAGGACUGGGAACAAUGGCUAAAGGAGGCUGGAGAGCGUGGCGGUUUCGGCGAGAUGGUACAUGCUAUCCGUGCGAACCAGCCCUUGACUCUCGUUGCCGACAAUGUGCGAAUUCCACGGGGUCGCGGUGCGGCUCGUGUGAUCACCAGGGCGGCCUUGUUCACUGUGCCAGACAGUAUCCUGGCAGCAAGCCCAGCUCUCCCCUCUAGCUCCAGCCAUGCCUCCGGCACGGCCCAGUGA